AUGAGUCAUAGAGUACAACUUCUUUUGGGUGCAUACCAUAUGACAUUUCCUUUGAAAAGUGUUGACAAAACGAUUGAGAUGAAAUCUGUUCCAUACGUAUGUUAUGGCAACUGUUUGUACAUUGAGUCAAAAAUAGCUAAUGUCACAGGCAUUUCAGGAGUUAAUAGUAAAGGUUCAGUAGAAUAUAAGUCUUUCUGUUAUGCAGUCAAUUCAAUGUUCAUUCCAAACGUUCCUGUCAUAGCAACUCAUUUAGGUAAAUGGGUUCGCAUUAGUCCUCAUAAUUUGAAAGACAUGCAAUUCAGACUUGUUGACUUUCAAGGAGAGCCUGUAGAACUGAAGGCACCAGUGCGAAUGACUGUUGAAGUUGACUUUUUAGAAAAUAUUAAAUGCAACAGCUUACAAGAGAACUCAGAGCUAAAAAUAUAA